AUGUCCCCCUACAGAAAAACUAAACCUCCACGGUAACAGUGACUUAUUAGUCAACGUGGAGACGUGGGAGAUGUCCAAUAGAAGAGUACUUAGACACAACACACACACACACAAAUAGCUUGUAGUGUCAACUAGAGUCGCUGAGGUGUGGAGAUUUUCCGGUAAAUUUCCAGAAUUUUGGAAAGAUUCCAAAUUGAAAACUUUCCAUGGUAAUUUGGGGAAAUUAACUGUGAAUUGGGGGCAUAAAUGUAAAGAUUUAGUUCAUGCAAUAGAUACAGAAGCUCUCGUUGCCCACUCGCGAGGGCAUGACAGUCCCGUAAUCGCUUCAUUUUAUUUUCGGCAUAUUGGAAGCUCGCGCUGAUAUCUGAUUUUGGCUCUCAUCACAAAGCAAGUGACUGCUCGUAACUGGAAAAGCUUGUAAAUAGGGGUACGUUCUUGUAAGUCAAGGUACCACUUGUAUGAACUUUGGUUGUUUUAGUUAGGAUUAUGCUAAAUCCCCUAUCAAGAGCCAUUCUUCAAUUUUGCAGAUUCCUGCUUUAUUCCCAUAAAUUCCAGUUAAUCCGGUAUAUGCGCAACCUACUUCAGCCAAACGGAUCCAAACCAGUUCCGGUGAACAGUGAAGGGGGCCGGAUCAAAGCAACCGUAGGAACUUUGAACGUCUACAAUGUCUUUCUUUAACACAAGAUGUCACCACAGCGCCAGUAAAGAUGACAAUAUUCAAUAAUAUAGAUAACAUAUUUGUCUAAAAAAAAUAAUAUUUAUGUAUUUCACUACAGUUUGAUGACACCAGCCAUAAAGAAAACAACAUUUUAGCAAGUUCAGCUCGUCUUAAAAAAAAACACGUACUCAAACUGUAUAGCGGAUUCCCAUGGAAAGUUUCCAACUUUGAAAAUUCCUGAAAUUUCGCAAUUCUUGUGCCAAGGAAGGAAAAGUAGGAGUGACACAUUAAGACCACCUUCAGGGCUUGGGGCCACCGUGUUGGUAUCGAAAAAUUGUCAUAUUUGUGGAAAACAUUUUUAUGUGACACUCCUCGCUAAGAUACCACAAAUAAAUGAAAGGAUAGAUAACAAAUGAUGUUUGUCAUUCUAUUGUUCAUGACACUCCAAACCAGCAGGUGGCAGCGCAUUACCUUUAGCGUGCUUGUGUACCGCUUUUGUACAACAGAGAAGGAGAUGCUAACUUCCUCAGCGCCACUUGAGCAUUAGCCCCUCAUUUGACAUUUGUGUUCCACGUACGUUGCUCACUGUUGACGCGACGCGCACAUGCCCCAAGUAAUGGAUACCAGCACACAAAUCCAGCACGAUGACGAGGAAACCACCAAGAAGACUUCGGGGGUGCUGGAGACUUUCCGAAAUAGUAUCCGACUGGUGGCCCAGAAAAGUCCGCUCACGCCGGGGUCCAGAGGGUCCAAGAACCAGUCACCAUCGACGCCAUCCAAAGCUCCACAUUCUCCUGGCGUCACGUCGCCGCUGAGGAGCGUGGCGGUGCUCUUCCACACCAAAGACCACGACGACGAGUCGCAGAAAGGCCGACCCGUGAUGCGUUCGAGGACAGAACCAAACAUGGCUCGACUGGACUCUCUCCUGAAGAAAGGCGCGUCCAUUCGUCGCAGCCUGAGGUUCAGCUCCAAGAAGGACAAACCACAGGACGCCUUCCUCGCCGUCCGGGAUGAGGCCGAGGAGGAGGGCGAGGACGGGGAGGAGGGCGAGGACGGGGAGGAGGGGGAAGCCUGGGAGGAGAUGGAGGAAACGUACACGCUGCCGGAAUUGCCGCACAUCCCUCUGUCGGUGAUGCAGAUCAACAAGCUGAUCGAGAUGGAGGUCCUGGAGGAGGCGCACCUCCACCUUCUGGCUCUGCGGGCGGAGUUCCAGCGGGAGCGUCUGCGCCUCGCCCAGGAGGACUCGCCCGUGGAGCUGGCCAAGAAGGAGAAGGACCUGAUUCUCCUCUACGCCGACCUGCGCCUGAAGAUGGCUUCCAUCGUGCGCACCUCCGUCUCUUUACCCGCCAGGAACGAGGGCCUCCUGGUCCACGUGGCCCGCAUCGUCCAGGAGGAGGACAAGCGGGCCCGGGAACCCGGCGGUCUCCAGGGGAGCUGGAUGGACGCGUGGAGGGAGGCCGUGGAUCGGGGCACCCGGGACAAGGUGGAGGGCGUCCACCUGGAGCCCAGCAACGACAGUAACGCCUCGUGGCUGGCGGUCCACCUGGGCCUCCUGGGCAAGGCGUUGCUGGAGGAUCUGGAGAAGGUGAAGAACGAGCUGCGGCGGUCCUACCCGCCCAGCUUCCGGGUCUUCGCCACUUACGUGCGCAGCUACCACGCCGCCGUCGGUCGGCACCUGCGCACGCUGGAGGGCCGCGCCACGCGGCUCAAGGACCUCUACGCCCUGCUGGACUGGAUCGUACACCGCUACCGCGGCGAGAGGAUCAUGGGCAGCGCCGCCCUCGAGCCCGACAUGAGCGCGGCCGACGCCGACCUGCGCGUGGACGACGACUUCCUGCGGAGGCUCAGAACCAAGUUCUGCAACACUGCCAAGGAGGACCUGAGAGCGUCUCUGGACCGCCUGCUGGAGCUGGAGAACGAGGAGAUGUGGAGCGUCGGGAAGCGUCCCGACACGGACGCCGACCGCUUGUUCACCUCCGUCUUCCACGUGGACAUCUGCACGAAAGUGAGAGGAAACGCGGUCAACGCCGCGCACGUCGACGGCGAGCUGGAACGAGACGUGAUCGCUUCGUGCCUGGGAGAGCUGAAGGAUUUCCCCAAGAGGUUCGACAGCGAGUUCCGUCGCCGCUGCUCGUCGGCGCGGGCCGACGAUCCGCUGUGGAGCGAGUACCGCGUCACCUACGUCAACUGCUUCAGCGCCUUACGCGUCCACACUGAGGAGUCGUACCGGCGCUCCAGCCCGCUUGCGGUGGCGGCGCUCGGCGAGGAGUUGUCGCGGCUCGUCCUCAGCCUCCGCGACGGCCUGCGAGAGCAAUUCGAGGAGGACGUCAAGCCGUACCUGCGGCGGAUGAUGACGAGGAAUUGGCUGACGAACGACGACGACUUCAAUCGCCUCUACGCUCGCGCCGAGCUCCUCGCGCAGCACUGCGCGGCCGCGCGGCCGCCGCACGGCCAGGAGGUGGCGAGCCGGGCGCACUACCACGUGCUGAAGGAGUACGUGGGCCAGCUGAUGAAGAACAAGUACUCGUGCAAGAACCGCAAACACGACAAGGCGGCCGGCAAGAUCCGAGCGCAGUGCUCCAAGCUCGCGGACGUCUUCCAGCGCAUGGGUUCGCAGGAGGACUGGCUGGACCCCGUCGGAGAGCGCCUGAGCGACAUCGUGGGCCAGAAGAACAAAAACCACAUCAAGGAGCACCUGCAGCCGCUACUGGAACAAUACCCCGACUUCAGCUCCAGGCACCUGGCCGCCGUGCUGGCGUUCCGUGGCCUGAUGCGCGGUCGCGAGCAUCGGCGCAUCCUGCGCAGGCUCGAGCAGCUGAGGAAGACGACGGCGGCGACGAGCGACGACGACGGCCGCGAGAGGUCGUUGUUCGGCGGCACGGAGGCCGCCGUCCGAACCGACUGCCUGUCCGACGUCUCCGUCUUCUGCUUCAGCUUCGUCUUCCCCGGCGACGAUUUGAGGUCCCGAUCCGCUGCAGGAAGUAGUCCCUCAUGGAAGUAGAUCUGUUGGCUUGUAUUUCUAACGCUGAUUUCUUUCAACAUUAAAAAUGUUAACAUCUUGAAAUCAUCUUAAAAUUAAAAAAAAAAAAAAAAGGUCAAUCUUGUAUCGCCUGAGUUUGUGUUUGAAUUUUGGACAUUGAAUUAUUUACACUGAAGGUUUCACACGGAAUAUAUUUCCAUAGUGUGUGUGCGUGUAUAUGCAUAUAUAUUUGUAUAAUAUAACUAUAUAUUUCAAAAUACUGAAUUUGGUUAUCACCAAAAUAAUAAUGAGUGUAGUGUUCAAAAUUCAGUGUAAAAAGGUCAAAAUCAAUACUGUGAUUUAUAUCUGUUCCACUUUUUUGAACGCAAUGUUAAUACUAAAAAAAAGAAAUGACUGUUAGAAACUAUUAUUGUUAUAUUUGUGCCAGCUGAGAUUGACGUUGAAUUUGAAUCAGUUUUUGGAUGGUAAAAAGAAUUUAGUUAGAUUUUGUCAUAUUUUGAAUAUAGUUGAAUUUAAGAUGUUACAUUUUUUACACUGAUUUAUUUGGAAUAAUCAGUGUAAACAUUUUGAAUGUUUUAAAGUCAAACUCCAAUGGCACAAAAACACCACAUAUGUUGUUUGUCUCGCUUUAUUUUUCUAAAUUCUGUAGUUUGAAUUGAAUGACAUUUUAAACAUUGUAUUUGAUAAUCAUUGUAAAAAUAAAGUAAUCUUAAAUUCAAUUUAAGAUAUAUGUGGGACACCUGAAUUGAAAUGUAUUGCACUGAAUUUUUUGAUGGUUAAAAAAAAAUCUGUUGUAACUUGUGGUAUUUUUUUAAAUUGAAGUUUAAACUUCAAUUUAAGAUGAGU